CUUUGCACUCACCGAGCUUUAUCAGAUUGCUGAGGUAAGCUCGUUUCUGAGCCUCGGCAUCUUGGCCUCCUCAUCCCCUCGAUUGCGUCUUCAUCCAACCCCAACCUGCCCAAAUCCAUAAAUCUAGAUCCUGCCUGCGCAUCACCGCCAUUCACAAUCGCACGAGGAUGAUGCGGUUUUUUCCUCCAGGCGUUCUUCUCAAGUGCAAUUCCAAUACUGGUUUGUGACUAAGAAACUUACGUUGCUCAACCACUCGCGGAACCAGAUAUACCACCAGUUCAAAUCCCAUCAGCGAUAACAAAAUGGCCUCUACACUGGUGACGCUGCCCGAAGUGGAGCGCCUGAGUCCGGUCUGUAUUCGCAUUCUGGGGGGCAACCCGGGAAAGUUCACGCUGCAAGGCACCAACACAUACUUGCUAGGGCGAGGCAGCCGCCGCAUCCUGAUCGACACCGGCGAGGGCAUGCCGUCAUGGAUUGCGGCUGUCAAAUCCACCCUGGAACAGGAGAAGGCAAGCGUCGAGACAGUCCUGAUCACCCACUGGCACCGGGAUCAUCAGGGUGGCAUUCGGCAGCUGCUGGAGUUGUCCCCGGACUCCAGGGUCUUCAAGAACCAACCCGAAGAGGGCCAAUUAGACAUCUCGGACGGUCAAAAGUUUACCGUUGACGGGGUCAGCCUUACGGCUGUCUUCACCCCGGGGCACACUGUGGAUCACAUGACCUUCGUUCUGGAGGAGGAGGACGCCAUGUUCACGGCGGACAACGUCUUGGGCCAGGGGACGGCUGUGUUUGAGGAUAUGGCGACCUACCUCGACAGUCUUGAGAAGAUGCGACACCUGUUCAAGGGGAGGGCGUACCCAGGCCACGGACCGGUUAUCGAACAUGGCCCAUCCAAGAUUCUCGAGUACAUCAGACACCGGAAGGCUCGCGAAGAGCAGGUCAUCCGCACAUUACAGAUGGAGAGGCAAGACGAAGGGAUCCAAGGUGCGACCAACGCCUGGACGCCCAUGGAGCUCGUCAAGGUUAUAUACCAUGACGUUCCGGAGGAGCUGCAUAUCCCGGCAAGCGGUGGAGUCAUGCAGAUUCUGGCCAAGCUCGCGAAGGAAGAAAGAGUAGUCGAGAGCAAUGAUAGAUGGACGCUGAAAGCUCGAUUGGCAUAGGAGUGUGUAUGAAUAGAUGGAUUGGGGCAACAAGAAGAGCGGACCUUGACCAGGCCCUCGGGAGCAUUGCGUCGUGGUAUGGCCUAGAAUAAGAGCGUUCACGAUACGUGGGCUGUCGGAGGUUGAAGCAGCGCGACGGGGAAAUCACACGCUCAGAAAGACUGUCGUAACAUUGGACCCUGUCCUGCCCACAAUGGGACGGAACACUUAAGAACGUGUAGCAGUAGAGGAGCUCCUCGUAUGCCAAUAUUAGUAAGUCAUUGGGCGAGAUCGUGCGAAAACGGGCCGAGUUUACACAUGCAUAAUACCCAGUGCGCUGUUGGCCU